AAUGAGAGAGGUGAACUGAAAAAUAUUCUCUAUCAACUGGGUUUGAAAAUAUUUCUCAAAUUCAAAUUUAUAAUAAUUAAUUAUAACGAAAAGGCCUUCUCGUCGUUUCCAUGGAAUAAUAUGAAACAGCUGUAUUCAUCAUUUGCCGCCAAAAAUCUUGGACAAAGUUUAAGGUUAUGUUGUUUGUCAAAAUGAGAAUUUGAGGUUAUCCUUGUGUACAUUACUUUAUCAUGAUUAUUUAAAUUUUAUUCAAUAUUUGUUCUGUGUUCAAUAAAUUUUAAUAAGCAUUCAAAAUGUUUGGUGAACGUGCAUUCAAGCUGGUUAGAGAUUAUCAUAGAUCGCAGGAAGUUAUGCCUCAAUUUGAUGAUUUGGCCGUUCAAGCUAUCUUGGAUGAAAUGACAGCAAUCGACAAGUUUAUUCAUGAAGGAAUGGAUACCACACACAAUAAUUCAACAAUGGCUGAAGAAAUAGAUAAUUCAGCAUUGCAUGCUGUUCAGUCAGCCACUAUGGUGAGGAACAAACGAUGCCUUCUUGCUUAUGUGUGGAAUCGAAUGCAGAGGCUUCGGCAAUUGAGGUGGGAGUUUGGGAGCAUGCUUCCUGCUGAUGUUAAAGCUAAUCUCAAUGAAAGUGAGAUGGAAUGGAUAGCAAAUUAUGGCAAGACACUCAAUAAUUACAUGAGGACAUUGAAUCAGAGACAUGGGUUGAAUCUCGCUCAAAAUAUGAAGCCCCCAAAGUCUCUCUUCAUGGAAGUACGAAGCCUGGUGGACGAAGGAAAACUGGAGACGGACGACGGUGAAGUGGUGACCCUGAAGAAGAACAGCCGUCUCCUGCUGCCCUGGUCUCAGGCCGAACCUCUCAUUCGACAAGGCAUCCUCGAGCAUAGUGCUCCUCCACACCGCUGAUUUCAGUCAAGCAUCCAUUGAUAAAAACGGCAAAGAUUAGCUUUGUAUACAUUGCUCCUACAAGUUAUUCUUUUAAACAUCAUCAUCAUCAUCAUCAUCAAUAUCUCGCUCAUGAUGCCUUGGGAACUUGUAAUAAAACUGAUACUAAACAAUUUUUGUGAAAGUUUGAGAAAUAAAUCGUUGUAUUUUUUAAUUAA